GAGGUCGAAAUGGCAACAGUUCCAGGACAGUUGGUCUGGGAGAUCGUGAAGAGAAACAACUGUUUCUUGGUGAAACAGUUCGGUAGAGGUAACGCUAAGGUUCAGUUCAGCAAGGAGAGCAACAACCUAUGCAACCUCAACUCCUACAAGCACUCUGGUUUGGCGAACAAAAAGACCGUGACCAUUCAGCAAGCUGACAAGGAGCAAGGUGUUGUACUUGGAACCACCAAGACCAAGAAGCAAAACAAGCCUAAGCUCUCUGUUAACAAGUCUGUCCUCAAGAAGGAAUUCCCCAGGAUGACCAAAGUUGUUGUCAAUCAGGUAGUGGACAACUACUACAGGCCUGAUCUGAAGAAUGCAGCACUUGCUAGGCUCAGCGCCAUCAGCAAAGGACUUAGAGUCGCCAAGUCUGGUCCCAAGAGGAGAAACAGGCAGGCUUGA